AUGGGAGCAAACGCUCCCAAUGCGAUACCAGCGCCAGCUCCACCUAUAGUGCCACAUGUGGCCCCACCGCCAAUCCAGAAUCAAAUAAGUGUCUCCUCCUCUACCUCGGACCCACGGUCCCGAGUGCAGCUAUCCACAAAUCACAGGGGGGCACAGCCCAGACAGCAACGUCAACGCUCACCCCCACGGGGGAAUGCGUCUCCACAGAAAGUCCCUCUCUUUAAUGAAGGAGAAGGCGAGGGAGUGAAGAUCUCGGGGUUACCUCAAUUUGAAGGGACCACCGACCCACAGGAGCAUAUAGAGAAAUUCAACGCCAUGGCGAACUUAAAUGGCCCAACGGAUGUUGCGAUGUGCAAAAUGUUCCGCACCACUCUCUCCAAGAGAGCAAUGAAUUGGUUCAACUCUCGGCUGUCAACACGGUUCACCAACCAAUUCGCCAUCAACAAGCAGUAUGCCAAGACCCCAGCCCACCUUUUCUCUGUAGUACAGAGAGAUAACGAAACGCUCCGCAACUACAUCAAGCGUUUUGUAGAAGUCGUCCAUGAAGUUCCCAGCGUAGGGCAAGACAUGCUCUCCGGGAUUAUGCAACAGAACUUGAAGCCGGGUAGAUUCAAAGAAUCUAUCGCCGGAAGGCCCCCAGGCAACCUAGAGAAGUUGCUGAAUCGAGCCGAAAAAUACGUCCGGAUAGAGGAAGUCUCUACCCAUGCUCCUCCUAAAAGGAAAAGGGAAGAUGACCGUCAAGACAAUAGGAGGCGGGAUGAUCGACGUCCACCACUUCCACCUCAAGGUCAACCAUCUUCCUCCUACAAUAGGUUCACUCCGCUAAACACUCGCCUCACUAAAAUCCUUCACGUGAUAGAACAAAAAGGUUUAGCAGAGCCUCCACGUCCUAUGCAGCCAAAUGCAAAGCGAGAAAAGUCGGAUCGCUACUGUCGAUUCCAUAAGGAUAGAGGACAUACUACGGAGGAAUGUGCACAACUCAAAGUGGCGAUUGAGAGGCUGAUCAAGCAAGGUCACUUAGGCGAAUACAUUGAUAAGUCUCGAAAUAAGCGCCGUGAUGAUCUUCCACACCGAGAUAACAAUCGAGAGCAUAACACCUAUCGCCCUUGGCCGGCAUUCUAA